CACUUCAAAUUAAUGCCAAACUUUAUAGGUUUCCCUUUCUUGCAAAAAUACCCUCUUUCCUCAAAAGCCACUAUCCUCAAUCAUUACUCUAUUUUUCAAUCUUAUAUUAUAAAAUUUUUCAACAUUAUAUUAUAUAGUUCUACAUACACAAAUAUGACCAAUGCCCCCUCUUUCUUCUUCUUCCUUCUUGUUGCACCUUUUCUUGGAAAGAAAAUCUCAUCAAUAUCAUCUUUUAGGGUAGUUUUCAGCUCGGCUCGGCUUAGCUCAACUCAACUCAGCUCACCUCAGCUCGAUUGAGUUUUGUUUCUUCUUUUACUUUAUAAACUCAGCCUCUUUUCAAGAUUUCUAGCUCUAAUUCAUAAUUCAGUUCAGCUCAACUCAACUCAACUCAGUCUCUUUUGCUUAACAAACUCAAGCUUUUUUCAAGAUUUUGAUAUAUAACACUUAAUCUAGUUCUGCUUGAUUCAGCUCGAUUGUUUCACCUUCUUACUUAACAAACUUAAGUUAUUUCAAGAUUUCUACUCUAAUACUCAAUUCACUUUGAUUCAGCUCGACUUAGCUAGAUUUGAUUUUAUUCUUUCUUUUACUUAAUAUAUUUGAGUUGUUUAAGAUUUCUAACUCUAGUACUUAAUCCAUUUCAAUUCAGCUUGAUUCAGAGUGAUUUGAUUUUAUUCUCUCUUUACCUAACAAACUUGAGCUUAGUCAACAUUUCUAACUUCAAUUCUCGAUCCACUUCAAUUCAGCUCGACUCAGGUUGAUUUGGCUUUAUUCUAUCUUUUAACUUAACAAACUCAACCUUUUUCAAGACUUCUAGCCUCUGUUUAAUCUAGUUAAAUUCGGCUCAGUUCAACUUAACUCAGCUUAGUAUGUACGCAAUAAAUUCCCACAAAUCCACUUCAAUUCAGCUCGAGUCAUCUUGAUUUCAUGACCUCAUUCUAUCUUUUGACUUGACAAAUUCAACAUCUUUCAAGAUUUCCAACCUCUAUUCAAUCCAGUUAAAUUCGGCUCAGUUCAAUUACACUCAACUCGGUAUGAACGUAAUAAAUUCCCACAUUGUCCUUUACCAUUUAUCUUUCUACUACUAACCAUAUAACUAUAUAUAAAGUAAAUACUAUUAAUUAUUGAUCUUUUUUCAUUUCACCUAUAAAAAGGGGUUCUUGACCUAAGUGGAAAAAAUAAAGAAAAAUGAAUUUUGUCACAUCACAAAGUAACAACUUCACUACAUCAAGCAACAACAUGGUUCAAGGUACAAACUUUAUUGCAAACAGUACAACCAUGUUUGCAUCCUCGAACCCUCCGCUGAGUCGAUAUGAGAAUCAAAAACGUCGUGAUUGGAACACUUUCUGCCAGUACUUGGAAAACCACCAACCCCCACUUUCAUUUGUUCAAUGCAGUGGUGCACAUGUCCUGGAAUUCCUCAGGUAUCUGGACCAGUUUGGAAAGACCAAAGUUCACCUCCAAAGUUGUCCAUUUUUUGGGGUACCAACUCCUCCAUCACCUUGCUCAUGUCCAUUAAGGCAAGCAUGGGGGAGUCUUGAUGCACUAAUUGGUAGACUUAGAGCUUCUUAUGAUGAAAAUGGUGGAAAGCCAGAAAUGAAUCCAUUUGGGGCAAGAAAUGUCAGGCAGUUUCUAAGAGAAGUGAGGGAUUUUCAGACUAAAUCAAGAGGGGUUAGCUAUGAGAAGAAGAGGAAGAGGCCAACGUCAUCGACAAACAAUAAGCAAAAAGCAACAGUGGUAGCUGAUGGUGGUGAUUGCAGUACAGAGUGACUGUUCAGACAGGAGUACUAGUUGUGGUGCAAUGAUAUAAGAGUUGUUGUUGUUGUUGUGUGGACGGACACACGAGGUUCAGGCUGAGAAAAAAGACAUCUAGAUAAAGUAAAAGGUAAAGUAGCGUAUGUAAUAAGGUCCAAUGUGAUGAACCUCGUUAUCAAAUAAAAACUUAGUGUAUCGUACUGUCCUUUAUGAAACAAAAACUAUAGUGUUAGAAAAACUAUGGUAGUUAUAUAGGAAAAUGCAAAAUUAGAGUGAUUUAAUUUUGCAUGUAUCCUAUUUAUUAAGGUGUUUGUUUGUUAAUUAUAUGUGACAUAGUUGUUUUA